AUGUCGCCGGAUUCUCCCAGUUCCCCUGCGGGCAACGCCGUGUCGGACGCAGAGGCGCCUACUUCCCCAGUGCGCGGUGACGAGGGCAAAUCCUUCCUCUCCCAAGCCAUGACCGAAGACGACGAUACACGGAUGAUGGAUGGCACGCCCGAGCCGACCGAGAAGACAUCGGGUCGCGGGAAGGGGAAGAAUGCGGCAAAGGAGUCGUCCAGUAACAUCACCGGCAAGAUUCGGCAUCUGAAGAAGGAAGAUGGCGAGCCACUCUGGCGCAAGGACAUUCAAUACGACUUCCUCAAGGCUAUCUUCGAUGACGAAACAGCCGUCUUCACGAACUCUUACGAGCCCGAGAGACCUCGCCAGAACUUUGCCGAUCUCUACAUUGACACCAUGUCGCGAAGCAGCAAGACGAGCAAGGUCCUUCGCGACAAGUUGCUAAGCGAUCGCAGUGCAGCAAAGGGCAUGGCCAUGGUCUGCCUGCUCGUCAACAUUGGCAGAAUGAAUACAACGCUCAACUUCUUCCCCGAGAUGCGAGCCCAAUUGCGAACAUACCACGCCAUCCCCUCCCUACAGGCACACCAAGAUGCGCAUGCCUACAAACAGCUCCAGGACGCUCCAAGAUUAAAAUCUAUCCUCAAGGGUGGUGCUGAGGACCGCGAAGAGCCUGGCAGCCUGAACAAAAUCAAAGCCCGCGAUGUCCCCCGAACGAACCCCGUCAACCUGCUCUUCGUCAUCUGCCAAUCAGCCGCUAAGAUUGCUGAGUUGCACUUUCCUCCGGGACGAGAGUUCCACGACUUGGUCAUGAAGACCAACUACACCAGCAUAUCCCGCGCUAAGGCGUUCCUCUGGAUCAUGUGGUUCUACCUCGAAUCCGACUUCACGGAAGAGGGCUGCGACGAAAACCCAUUUGGACCCGGUGUCGACUACGGUGUCGAUGUUGCUAACCAAGGCGUUCCCGAACUCAUAGAGAUGACAACAGAGGACGAGGCGGCAGAAAAUGUCGAUACGGAGGUGGAGAUCAAAUUCGGCGAGGAGAAGCAGAAGAUGCGCGCCAAGAUUCUAGAGGCAGACCAGGCGUACCUUGCCGACAACCAAACAAAACGAGGCUCGAGAACAUCGCGUGUGAUGGCUGAGGAUGGGCCGGCCAUCCUACCUCGCAUUCGCCCUUCGAAGCACGAGUCUGAUAUGGAUAGCGUCCGGUCGACACCGCCACCCAAGGCAUUGGCACGAGGCCUUGGGGGCUCGGUUCGACGUGGCGGGGCACCGCUCAAGUAUCAGAUUUUCGAGGCAUCUUCCCCAGCAGGCCCUGCUCAUGGCUCCGCGGAGGGCAUCGUUGCUCGAAAACCUCGCCCCCCCACGGCACACCAAAUCGCGGUGGAGAGGAACAGAAACCAACGGGUCGAGUACAUUCUGGAUCGUGGUUACCGGAAGGAGCUUCACAAGGCGAAGAAAAAGCGGCAGCAAGGAAGCACUCUCUAUCGGGCAUUCAUGCGUAUUAAGCAAAUUGAUAAUCCGUUCGAGGACAGCGACCCAGAGGAUGACCCCCGUCAGCAGCUGUCGAACAACGACGGGAACUCUGGACCCUUCCGACAGAAAGGUCUCGGGGGUAUCGCGCCCCUGGCUUCGGAGAACGACGAUUUCGGUGAAGAGGCGAACGCCUACACCGCAGCCUUGAGACGCACAUCACGACGGCUAAAAAGAUGGGGUGCUCAUGAAGGCCCUCCUCUUGGAGUCAUUCCUCCCAGGAAGAGGAAGAAGGCUAACGGCGAGACGAACGGCAACGACGAAGCGGGCGACAUGACAAUGGACCUUGACACCCUGAGAGCCUCGGAGGCGAGGGAUGGAUCACAGGCUCGGGCGAACGGCGAUGUCAACGGUGACGAGACCCUCGGCGACAUCACGAUGGGAGAUAUCACCAUGGACGACGGCGACGAUGCUGACAAGACAGCUGCCGCCGACGAUGACGAAGAGUUGGACGAGAUGGAUAGGUCUCUGUUGGGCCUUGCCGCCGAGGACUCUGCCUCUGAGGACGAGUGA